UCCUCAGCCAAGAGUCUGCGCGCAACCAUCGGCGACGCAUUUGAACGCCUCCACCGCUUCCUGCGCGAGCGUCAGAAGAGCAUGCUGGAGGAGCUGGAGAUGGACACGGCCCGCAAGCUGGCCGACAUCGAGCACAAGAUCCAGCGCUACAGCCAGCAGCUGCGCGACGUCAAGGAGGGCAUCCAGAUCCUGCAGGAGCGCCUCAACGAGACGGGGCGACACGACUUCCUGGAGGGAGUCGCCGUCACAUCUGAGAGGAUUAAAGGGAAGAUACAUGAGACCAAUCUGACGUAUGAAGAUUUCCCGACAUCUAAGUACAUGGGGCCCUUACAGUACACGAUAUGGAAGUCGCUUUUCCAAGAUAUCUCACCAGGUAUGUGAACAAAACU